UUUGUUGUAAUAUACCCCCUCAUUGCCCCACCCAAGCCUCUUAGAAAACGGAGACCCAGAGAGGUAUUCAAAUCUGCCACAAUACCUACAGCCCUCAUAAGAGCCAACAAAGUUGGGGUCAUUCUUUCCCCUUCAACGUUGCCGAUUGCUGUCCACGGGGAACUCUUGCUGAGAAUUUGUUUGUCCUCCAUGCUGUUCUGUCUGCUGUUUCCAUUUCUUUCAGUGAUCAAGUCCCACAUGGCUCCGCAGUGUUUCCACAGUGAAUAUUUUGACAGUCUGCUUCACGCUUGCAAACCUUGCCACCUUCGGUGUUCCAACCCUCCUGUACCCUGUCAGCCUUACUGUAAUCCAAGUAUGACUGGUUCAAUGAAAGGGAUACAUAUUGUUCUCUGGACCUUCUUGGGCUUGACCUUGAUUGUUUCUUUGGCACUUUUUGCGCUCACAUUCUUGCUGAGGAAGAUGAACUCUGAAGCACUGAAGGACAAACUUCAAAACCCAGGAUCCAUUCUGCCGGACAAGGCCAAUUCUGACCGGAUGCACAGCAGGGUUGAUGACGUCAGGGCUCUUCCCCGAAGCCUGGAGUAUACAGUGGAAGACUGUACCUGUGAGGACUGUGUCAACAGCAACCUGAAGGUUGAUUCUGACCAUUUCUUCCCACUUCCAGCGAUGGAGGAGGGUGCAACCAUUCUUGUCACCACGAAAACAAGUGACUACGACAAGAGUGUGCCAACUGCUUCGGAAAGUGUCACAGAGAUGGAGGAACCAACUCUUCUAGAGGAUCAAUCUGUCUGGUAUAAAGCUAUUUUGAGAACUUUUGUCAGAGGGAAAGCUGAUGCUUUCACUAUCUUUAGGAUGACUGUUUAUCAGCUGGGAAUAUAGCUUUUUGUCCUUUAA